AGUUAUUUUCUCUAACAGACAGUUUCUUCAUUUCGAUUUACUCGUACAGUUAUUUUAAAAUUAAUGACUGGCGCCCGGUACGGCUUUUUCUGAACUAUGCUGGCAGUUCCACAUAUGUGGGGGUCACCGAACCCGCAAAAAAUCGCCAACUUCUCUGAUCAAGUUGUGAACACCAGCUUUUCUGGCAGUGGAAAUCUGUCCGGUCAGAAUAUGCCGGAAGAGGAACCUUAUCUCUACCUAGAGCAUAACUUCGGGUGGAUGAUUGUAACUGCUAUAGUUAUUGGAGCUGCGGCAGUUAUUGGCACUCUGGGUAACCUUUUGAUUGUGGUGGCGGUUUGCUUGGUAAAGCCUUUGCGAACCAGUGGCAAUGUGUUUGUGGUUAAUCUGGCACUGGCAGACAUCGUGGUCACCGCAUUUAUUGAUCCCUUCAAUGUUGUUGGUGCGGUAGCUGGCCGUAAGGUUCUCAUCAGCAACAGCGUUUUAUGUGACUGGAUCGCGAGCUUCUGCGCUCCAGCGUGUAUGUCGUCCAUGUGGAAUAUGUGUGCCAUCAGUUUAAACAGAUACGUUUUGAUAUGCAAGCCACAUCUCUACAACCGAAUCUUCACUUUUCGAAACUCUAUUCUUUGCUGUGUGUGCAUUUGGAUUGGAGCUCACCUAUUUCAUAUCCCUAAUCACCUUGGUUGGGGAAAAAAUCGCUUUAAUGCGGAUUAUUACCUCUGCACCUUUGAUAUAGUCACCCAUUCGUACGCGAUAUUUUACAUCAUUAUGGGCGUACUGGUACCGUUGGUGGGCGUCCUCUACGGCUACACCUGCAUCUUUUUGAAAGUCCGCAGCGUCAAAACCCAGCUGCGUCAGCAUCAGCAGGCAGUUCUAACCGCGCCUGCUGCCAACGCAUCCCAAGGUCACCCCACCGAACGACGAGAUUCCUUUCCCGAAAAGUCACCUCCCGAUGCCGAAAAGGCAACCGCCACUGAGCACCGACUGCGGCGUCCCAAGCGCCCUGGUUUCACACAGGAUGACGUCAAGCUGGCGAAAACUCUCUUUGCUGCCUUUCUGGUCUUUUUGAUUUGCUGGUUGUUUUUUGCUCUGUUUGUUCUGGCGCAUCAGCCUUCGCCCAUUCCCGGCUGGCUGUACGUGCUGGCUAUCGUGAUGGCGCAUGGAAACUCGGCCGUCAAUCCUAUUCUCUAUGGCAUGACGAACGAGAAAUUCCGCGAUGGUUACCGGAAUGUCCUCGGAUUGACGAAGAAGUCCGUGGCCCCGACUGAAGGGAUUGGCAAUACACGCGGAACCGCUAUCGUUUCCGGGAAUUUCACCGUUAACAGUCAUGGAAACAGUGGCCCAGCUAGUGAGCACUCCCGAAUGCGACUGGGCAGUAUGCGCCACAACUCCAUGGGCGAUACCUAACAGUUGGCCCGGGCUAACAAACCAUAAUGAAAUGUGACAUUAUGCGUAGCUACAAAUUCUUGAAUCGUUUUGACAAUUGCAUGAUUCUCGUUGUCCCAGGGCACCAGAUAGUUUAAUAAUAUUUACACAUUAGUGUACCAUUGCAUUCGUUCCAAUUUAUCAGCAUGCCGAAUCCAUAACAAAGCGUUUUAAUUGGAAUUCACUUUGUAACAGAGAUUUUACCAA